AUGUCGCAUUCAGACUACUUCAAUUAUAAGCCCUAUGGUGAGUCUACUGAAAAGCCUAACUGCUCUAAGAAGAGACAGUCUUCUUCGUCGUCUUCAUCUAGGCUAAGGUCUGAAAGUUUAGGGCGAAAUUCCAACACUACGCAGGCUCGAGUAGCGUCAUCGCCCAUCAGCCCGGGGCUCCAUUCUACUCAGUAUUUCAGAUCACCGAAUGCUGUUUAUAGUCCCGGAGAAUCCCCUUUAAACACAGUACAGCUAUUCAAUCGUCUCCCAGGAAUACCGCAAGGCCAGUUUUUCCAUCAAAAUGCCAUAUCCGGGUCUUCCAGCUCAUCGGCAAGAUCGAGUAGACGUCCCUCCAAUAUUGGCCUACCCCCGCCAAAGAAUCCUCAACAGUCUUUGCCUAAACUGUCCACUCAACCCGUUCCUGUACAUAAGAAAGUCGACGCUAGUAAAACGGAAAGUGAAAUUGCCAAGAAACCUUACUCUAUGAAUAAUAAUCAGGACCCAUUAUUGACCACGCCCACAUUGGUGAUAUCGCCGGAACUGGCAUCGCUAAACACAACAAAUACAUCGAUCAUGUCGACACCCCAAAAUUUGACAAAUCAAAGCUCUAACAAACAUAUUCCUACCAGAUCCCAACCAAAUGUGUCAACAAGCUCUUCCACGCUACAAGAUAUCGUCACAACAAACGGCUCACAGCGAUCUGUAGGCCACCAUGGUGGAAGCACAACGAGUCUCCGAACGUACAAAAAGCAAUAUGUAUUAAACGAACAGCUAUAUCUGAGGAAAAUGAGAAACCGUGCAAACGAUGAUUAUUACACGAGGGGUAUAGUAGCCUCAUCCAACUUUGAAGAUGACGAAGAAAAUUUCAGUAACAAAGGCGAGGAUGAAUUAGAGUUAGAAAUGGAUGAUCUUCUGAAGGUUGAAGGUGAUGACAAGGACAACGACUUCAAUUUUGGUUAUAAUUUUAUCACAUCGAACACAAAGAAUAACGAAAACGCGGUCUCAAUGAGCUUAAAUUAUUUGAAAGGUAAAUUGGAUUGGUUGAGAGAUGUGGACAACGAACAAUCACGCGAAAUAGAAGACGAUGAAUGGCGUUCCAUGCUGGGGACCGAGGAUUUGCUCUCAAAGCUGUUACAAAAUCCUAUGGCAAACAAUCGAUUUGAAUGGCAAACUAUGCUAUCUAAAGUUUUGAAGGGUGAUAUAGUGAGGAACGAAAAAACCAAAAUUGCCAAUCAAGGAAAGGGCCCCGGCUUUAAUACGCAGUAUUCAGAUGACAUUUGGAUAGAGUUAAAGGCGUGGAUGAAUGGGAGAACCGUGGAGGACCAAAGCAAAUCUUUGAGGAUAUUUAGAGAUUCAACUGAUUCUGUAUUUCAAGAAAUCAUGGCCUUUAAAUUAGAUGAUAAUAUGAGCGCUGAUGAGGCUGCAGAGACUAUCAAGUCACUGGUGGACAAAUAUUACAGAAUUUUGAAUCUAUGGCCUAACAUGAAAAGAAUGCAUAGCGAGAAAUCUAUUACUAAAACAGAAGCAUUCAGGAGUCGGAUUGAUACUUUGAAUAGUUGGCUCAAUUUCAAAUUCAACUUCGACGCAAAUAUUGCGUACUUGAAAAAAUGGAUUGUUGGUAAUAAAGAUUUGGAAAGUACCACUGAAUUAGAUAACAGCAAUGUGAAUUUAGAUGAUCCAGAUGUAUUCGCGACUAAUUGUAAACGCUUUGCCGAACAAAUUAUUAAGGAGAAGGACAUCGAAUUAAUAUUCCAGAAGAAGAUUUUCUUUCCAUUGGCACCAUGGAUUUUAAAGGCCAAAUUUUUCUUUUUAAAAUACCAAAAAUCUUGGAAUGAAUUGAAUCUGUCUUAUUUAGAUCAGGAUCUGGAGUUCCUAUUAAUGUUUCCGAUGCGUUUAGUCAAAGAUAUCAUACUAAUUCGCCUAUCAUAUGCAAAGAAAAUACAGAAUCCAACUUUGAUGAUGAUUGAUCAAAUGAUGGACGAUUUCAGUACCUAUAUUAAAUUAGCAGUCCAGAUGAAAUUUACGGUUGCUUCUUAUUGUAAUGACUGGUUUUUUAAAGUGAAAAUUGAUCCUGAAUUUGAUCAUACCGUUGUGGAAGGACUGCAAUAUUUUUUCUCUAUCCUCGAACUAAGAAUAUUAUACAGUGGAAAAAAUUCAUUUAAGACCUCUAAAGAACCCGAUCUACUACUAAAAUACUGGGAGAUGUUCAGAAAUGUCGGCUACUAUAUCGACGAUGCUGGUGAACUGAUUGCCGUCGAAUUUACAAAACUGACACUUAGGUUGGUUCACAGAUUACACGCGUACCUUUUACGACAGCAAAAUACUCCCCCAAAAUUAGAGGAUGAAGCUGCUGCUGAAAAGUGGCUGGUGCAGAUAUUCGAAAUACUGGGAUCCAUGAAAAGAAAACUCAACAGAUUCACAAACAUUUUAACAAAGGCAUUCCAAAAUUUUGUUAGAUACAAGAUAGAAGACCAUAGCUACCUAUUAAGGCAACUGAAGGAAACCGGCCAUUUUCUUAUAUACUCGGGGGGAUAUCUGGAACAAAACGGUACUUAUUUAAUUGGCAGCCCGGAAUUACUGGGUUGUAAAGAUGAUGAUAUAUUAAGGAUUAUUAAGAAUUCAGACAUUGGCUGUGAUUUGGUACCUAAACUAGAGAUAAAUAACAGUUUGACAAUUUAUAAUGCUUUGGAUGAUAAUUGGAACUCCAACUCUUCAUUAGGCUCAGAUAUCUCGAAUGAUGGCACACCUUUUUAUUAUAUCAAGAACGAUUUGACUAGUCAACCUAGAUCAUAUAACGGAAAUAGAGUCAACCGCGAACCGGAUUUUGAAAACACUAAGAGCACAGAGGAAGAGAUUUAUGAGCUGGAAACGAGAUUGAAUUCUCUUGGUUAUAUAUUGGUGCUUACUCCACAAGAGCCACUGCUAUGGGAAGGUGAAAUGUACAAUUUAUCCGAUAACAAAAUCAUCAAACCGGAGGAUUUAAACUUAAAGGUGCUCUCAAACUCAAUAGAUUUGAUGUGUCAAGGAUCCAGUUAUGCUCUGGAGUAUCAGUGUGAUAGGUUUCAACAAAUUGCAAACAGCUCAGUUUCUUUCUUGGAAAAAAAGUCUUCUUCAGAAACAGUGAAAAACAACUUACAAAGGAUAAAUAAGGCAUAUUUUAGAUGCACGUAUAGCGUUUUGAAAAACUAUCCGAAGAUCAUGGUGACAUUCAAAAAAGUAAGUCCUGUUAAUGAUUUAUUGAACAAUAUUUUUCUUUUUGGUAGGGACUUCGGGUUGAACUUUUUGAGAAUUAAUGUUGCCAACAAUGAAAAACGAUCCAUAAUUAUACUUUUAAUGAUGAGAUUGAGUAUUGGAUGGCUGAAAUUUUUAGCUGAAGACUGUGAUCCAGCAGAUCAAAGAGUAUUUAGGUGGUGUGUCACUUCAAUGGAAUUUGCAAUGCAUAUGGUUAGCGGCUGGAACAUAUUAGCGCUUGAUGAAUGUCAGUUCUCUUCCCUGAAGCAAAAAAUUUCGGAAUGCAUGUCACUACUUAUCUCUCAUUUUGAUAUAAUAGGCGCACGCUCCAUAGAAGCUGAAAAAAUUAAUCAACAAGCUAGAUCAAACCUUGAUCUGGAAGACGUGUUCGAUGAUGAUAUGAUGUUACAAGUGAAUUCUGAAUUCCGUAUACAGAGUAUUAUAGAUCUAGAAGAAAAAAUCAAGCGGAAUCCUCAUCAAACUGGUAAGGUGAUCGAUGAUAGUGAUAAAGGCAACAAGUAUCUCGUUUCACUGGCAUCCUCUAUAUCUAACGUUUCCAUGAGAUGGCAAAAGAGGAACUUUAUUGGUGGCGGUACUUUUGGAAGAGUAUUUUCUGCCGUUGAUUUGGAUAAUGGUGAAAUUAUGGCCGUCAAAGAAAUUAAUAUUCAAGAUAGCAAAGCAAUGCAGAAAAUAUUCCCCCUAAUUAAAGAGGAGAUGAGCGUGCUAGAGAUAUUGAAUCAUCCAAAUAUUGUCUCGUAUUAUGGUGUUGAAGUUCACCGUGAUAAGGUCAACAUCUUUAUGGAAUAUUGCGAAGGAGGUUCUUUAGCAGCCCUUCUGGAGCACGGCCGUAUUGAAGAUGAAAUGGUCACUCAAGUUUACACUUUACAAUUACUAGAGGGUCUUGCAUAUUUGCAUGAGUCCGGCAUUGUUCAUCGCGAUGUCAAACCUGAAAACAUCUUACUAGAUUUUAAUGGUGUCAUCAAAUAUGUUGAUUUUGGUGCUGCCAAAAAAAUUGCCAAUAACGGAACUAGAUUGGCAAGUAUGAGCAAACGUGAAAAUACAGACGACGAGCGUGAAGAAGACGCCCACAUUGCUGACUCUAAGACAGUGAAAAAUAGUGAAAAUGGUCUAUUAGAUAUGAUGGGAACACCCAUGUAUAUGGCUCCAGAAUCAAUUACGGGUUCUGCCACUAAGGGCAAACUUGGUGCGGAUGAUGUUUGGUCAUUGGGCUGCGUUGUAUUAGAAAUGAUUACUGGUAGAAGGCCGUGGGCUAACCUAGAUAAUGAAUGGGCAAUUAUGUAUCAUGUUGCUGCUGGACACACCCCACAAUUCCCUAAUAAGGAUGAGGUGUCUCCUACUGGGAGAAAAUUCCUGGAAAGAUGUCUUAUUCAAAAUCCCUCCAAGAGAUCCAGUGCGGUUGAGUUGCUGAUGGAUCCUUGGAUUGUACAAAUUAGAGAGAUAGCCUUUGGUGAUGAUUCUUCUUCUACAGAUACGGAAGAAAAAGAGUGA